CAGCGACAUGGAACUAGGGAAGCUACUGUAUUAGAUUGGUAUAGAUCCCAGUAUCCCACAGCCACACUGUAAAAGAUGAUGAAUUCACACCGGCACUGUGUCAUAUCUCUCCGUCACGACAUCUACACAAGUAAGUAAUUCAGCUAUACAGCCAGAAGCAAAGCAGCUUGGCUAGCUUUUUGCACUGAGAUACAAAACCAUACUACUGUUUCCACAUAUGCGUGCAUGCAUGCACCAUGCACCAUGCGACCACAGAGAGUUAGCUGACCACCGGCCUCUCAAUCAUCUCGGGCUAGCUGGACAAACAUCAAUCCACGCCUCAGAAAAAGGUUCACCCCGUCUUAUUUAGGAGAGCACCAGCGUCUACCUACUUGUAGUGUCAUUGGCCCUCUCUCGUACCUAGCUGAACGCUCCUGCACCGAGCUGAAAACCGGUUAAACCGCAACGCAGCAGACACACAUGAGCGACAAGCCGGGCCUCUCCCCGCAGAUCCCAACACCACCCCGCUCGUCCGCUGCUGCCUGCUGCUGCUGGCGCGCGUCCAUACAAACACCGCCCCCAGAGAGAGAGAGAGAGAGAGAGACGCCGCCACCGCCUUGCGCUCUCCUCCCUCCCCGUCGUCGUCGUCGUCUCUCUGCUUGCCAUGAGAGACACCGGCGCCGCCCUGCUGCUGGCGGCGCUGCUGCUCCUGCUGGCGUCGGAGCUCGCCACGCUCGGCUGCGGCCACAGGAUGACGAGAGCGGACGUGGCGGCGUGGAAGCGCCACGCACUCGUGGCUCCGACGAAGAAGACGACGACGAUGGCGGCGUCGCGCGCUGCGACGACGACGACGACCUUCCCGAUCCCGACGGUGGCCGGGACAGGCGAUACGGCGGCGGCGCUCGGUGACGGUGAGUCCAAGAGGCUGGUUCCGCAGGGCUCGAACCCGCUGCACAACUAGCACAGGUUCUUCCUCACUAGCUUAGCCAGCUUCCAUUUCUCUAGCUAGCUAGCUAGCUCGCGGGCGUGCAAUAUAUACAAUCACAUACACAGUGCUGCAUAUCACUGCAAGUCUGCAACUGACUUAACUGUAAUUAGUUAGCACUGCACAUCUCUCAAGUCUCUGAAUCCAAGACGAGAGCGUGUGCCAUGUAAUUACAUUCCUCCUUCUCUUGCGUCUUUUGAGCAAUGAUGAUUUGCAUUAGGAUGACAAUGAUGUUUUGUGAACUGUGAGCUA